GGACAAUUGUCCAGCUCAUCCAGAUGUUAAAAAUUUGGAUUAACCUAGUGUUCAUACCCCCAAACACGAGUUCUAGACUACAGCCUAUGGAUCAGGGUGUAAUCCACAGUUUAAAAAGCCGUUAUCGUCAAGUUCUUCUCUUGAGAAUGGUAGAUUUUAUUGAUAGUGGCGGGGAAAAAUUUACAAUCAAUCUUUUGGAUGCAAUAAACAUCAUUCAUAUGGCAUGGCAGAAGGUAUCAAAAGAAACAACUUUAAAUUGUUUUACGGAUGUUGGUUUCUUGGAGGUUGAGGCUCAUUUUGAUCCCGACGAUGACCUGCCAUUAGUUGAGUGGAUGAAGAAAAUUCAACAGGAAGACGAUCUUCGAGACAAUAUUAGACCCAAUCUUCCUUAUAGUGAGAACGAUUUCAAUGAGUUUGUUCAUAUUGAUGACCAAGUUGUGACUGUCGAAUACCUGGAUAAUGAUGCCAUUGUAGCCGGUAUAUCUUCAGCAGUUGAUACUGAUGAUGACGAAGAAAAGGAAAAUAAAGAUGAAGAAUCUGUCGGUACAACGUACAAAAACAAGAAAGUCGUAUGA